AUGAUGGCAAACGCAGAAUACAAUGCUUCAUCAAGAAACCCUCGACAUAAAAUUGCUCUUGUCAUCGGAAAUAGUAAUUAUGGCCCGGAAAAUUCGUUAAAAAAUACGAUCAAUGAUGCAAAUGAAAUGGCAAAAUUGUUAAAAAAAAUUGGAUUUAAAAUUCAAGGAGAUAAAGCACAACUAAAUUUAGGAUAUACAUCUAUGAAACAUAUUUUAGUUGACUUUCAAGCUUCAAUAAAGAAAGAAUCUAUGGUUUUAUUUUAUUUUGCUGGCCAUGGGAUUCAAUGGGAGAAUCGAAAUUAUUUAAUUCCAAUCGAUAAUUCUAAUGAAAACAAUGCUCCGUUAAGUGGUUCAGAUUUACGAGGAUGUGCAAUCGAUGCACAAAAUAUUCUUGAUGAGAUUAAUGACCGACAUCCAUUUGCAGCGUUAUUUUUCUUAGAUUGUUGUCGAACUUACGUUUUAAGAAAAGAAAGUUUCCGGGGUUCUAGAAGUCGCGAUUUACCCCAACGUUCUCACGGAUUAAUAUCAAUGCCGGCAAAUGUUGGUUCGCUAAUUGCAUUUGCUUGUGCACCUGGAACAACUGCCGAUGAUGGAAGGAACGGAGAAGCACAUGGAUUAUUUACAAAAUAUCUUUUAGAGCACCUUAAAACACCAAAUGAAGACGUUGAAAAACUUUUACGUCGUGUUCGAAAUGAUGUGCUGAAGGCAUCACGCGAUGAGCAAAUUCCGCAUGUUACGUCUCUUCUAACUUACGAUCAUAUUUGUUUAUUUGAGCAAGAAGAUUCUCCUCAAUCCAGUCAUUCGUCAGUCAAUGCCACUACUUCUGCACCAAAGUAUAAAUGGGUGCCACCUCAGCCAGAAAUUCAAGAAUUUGCAAAUCCUGAUGCCUGCGAAAAACUUCGUUGA